AUUUCCCUUCAUGCGUGAAUCUACCCAGGCCAGUAACAUCAGAGAAGAACACACAGCACACCCUCAUGCUUUACCUGCUUCUAAAGCUGCUAGCCACAGUACAGAUGCCAGUAAACAACAAAAUCAUCAUUAUACUCAUGGUAACAGUACUGAGAUUACUGAGAAAGAUUUGAGAUCCCCAGAAGCUGGUGGCACCAUGACCAGACAUCAGACCAUGCUAGCCCAGCCGCCACAGCCAACUGGCGCCCACAGACCAAUGAAGCAUGAACCAGAUGAGGAUGAGGACGACGCUGCCAGCACCUGCUCCUCCCAGUCCUCAGCUAACAAGUCCCACUUUGGCCCUCCCAGCCUGAGCUCCCCCAGGGCCGGUGCUCCUCACGUCCUGUCCACCAUUGCGUCUUGGAGCAAGGAUGAAGUCUCCAGCUGGCUCAGAAAUCAUCACCUGGAUAAGAUUUGCAAGAACUUGAGUAAUCUGGACGCUAAAGGCUUACAACGAAUGGCUUUUGAAUAUCAUCGUGACACCGACGCCUUCUACACCCGUGUAAAAAAGACCCUUGGGCUGACUGUGUUCCAGACUUUGGUUAUCUGUCGUGGUAUGAAAGAACUUUUGGGCUGUGAAGAUUCCUGAUGCCCAGGCGGACUUGUUCCAGCAGUCUGCCUCAACCAGCUGGUGGCAGUCAAGGUGCUGAUUGAAUUUUAUUUAGUUGUACCACUUUUGGAACUGAUCUUGUACAUUUGAAUUUCAAAUGAUUACCCUUAAGUUUGUGAUUCUCCUAGCUGUUGCCAUUUUUUGUACUAGCUUUAUUUUCGCUGGUGAGACAAAUCAGUUUGUGUUGUGUAAAUAUUAUCUAUUGAUUCCUGCUUGAUCUUCCAUUUGGCAUAAGCAAUACAGGUGACCCAUGCUAGCUGAGAGCAGUGUUUGUAACUCUGUUCAGGUUUUUAGGUUAGUCCACUUAUCCACCGUGAUGUUUGGUGUCUGCUUUUCCACCAACACCUCAGUACCCUAGAAAUCUUAAAACUUGUUUGAAUUUACUAAACUUCUAAAUUAGGUUUUUUCAUUCAC